AUGAAACAUGAAAGGGUUUACGAAAAGUUGUUGAGUGGCCUCGGUCAAUCGUUUAACAUUCAAAAGACAAAAAACCUGAUUGCAUACAAUGAUACGCAAAGUGUCAAUAGAACAUUUUCAAUUAUUGAUUCGUGGAACGAAAGUCGAAUCGUCGCUACCCUGACAAGAUUAAAGCACCGACAUGGAAGUGCAGAGUCUUCUUAUGUUGGACCAUCGCAGUCACAGUCAUCGGUUGAGAAAACUUUGAACGCCGUGUUUUUCGAGAUGCUGAUCAAUUUUGAAUUGUUCAAGAAUUCUUCAAUCAAUUCGCUCCUCGUCGAGUCAUUUCAAGCGAAUGGACUCAACGACAUAUCGCUAACAAUUGGGCGAGAAUAUCCGGUCGGAAUUUUUGUUGCUUCGGUUCAUGAAUUUGAUCCUAUUCAGAAAUGGGCAUGGAAGAAUAUGGGCGGAAGAAGCUUGAUCGAUCGAGACACCUUUGCUAACGGUGGAUACAGUGACUUUACGAAAGUUUUGGUUCGACACCUCCGUAAUCCGGGCGAAAGAUCUCAAGGUUAUCCAUUCGCAGAAAAGUCGCCGGUAUUUUGGAAAGGUAUUCGCAGAAUACUGAGCUGCCUAGAUACGAAUGCUAUUGUAGAUGGAUUUUGCAACGAAACCGUCGAUUUCUGCAACUUGGUUAACUCUUUUAUGAUAACCACCGCCGAACAAGGGAGCACAUACAUCGAAGUUGGAAAAUGUCUUAAAGUUCUCUUGGAAAAACUGGAAAGAACUUUUUGGAAAUAUUCUUCGCAACCUCCCAAAGUCUUGGUAGGAAGAGCCUUCAAAAGUGAAGCUUUCAUGAAAGUGGCAUUACACUUCUCGGCUCAAUGUUGGCACUUGUUCGAAUGGGUCCCGGCGUUUACCGAGUCUCUUAUGGAAAAUUCGGAUUUUAAAAUUAUACUGAUGGAUCUUCUAGAGUGGUUACUUGUCACAUUCCAGAAAGCGAAUCUGCCUAUUAAGCUGUCAUUGGAGUCAUUGAAGGUUGCUUUGACGAUACUUGAAAAGCACGGUCUACAACUUGACAAAACUUUACAUGAAAAAUUGAAAACUGUUGCUUCGGGAAAUGAUGGCAUGUAUCAUGCCGCUGUACACGGAGAACGUUAUGAUCUUGUCACAGAGCUAUUGUCGUUAUCUGAUGGCAAGUCCGUCACAUCGUCGUCGAAUCCUGAUGAAUCUGGCUCAAAAUUGAAUCCGAUUAUUCUGGACUCGAAUGAUUCCGGAAUACCUUUAAUGAUGCUUUCUCGAGAUACAAUUCAUGCAGAGCCUGCACCUAAGCGUUUAGUUCCCGUUGUCAAAAAAAAACUGCCUCAAGUUUCCCGUAAAAUCGCAAGAAUUCCGAUCUCAAUGAAUUCAAGUAAAAAAUCGACAAACAAACAAGGAAGCAAAAUGUGGGAAUCCUUCGUCAAGGAGCAGUGGAACAAGACACAGGAAUCCAUUUAUUACGCAAGGGGGAACGAAAAAAUAAAACCCGCUGCAGCCAAAACUUCAGAGCCAAAGAUUAACGAAAAUUCUGCAUCGGGCAUAAAUAAAAAAUCGGAACAAUUAACAUUACGUAAACCUCCGGAAGCUCCGAGACGAACGAAAUUGCUUGACAUAAACGAGCUGAUCCCCUACGAUGUCGAGCGCGCUCGGGUUGAAAGGAAGCGUAGAGAGAAGGAAGAUAUAAUGCGCCGAUUAAAACCUAAUUUGAAGAGUUUAUACAAAGUGGUCCUGUCUUGGGACAUUGACGCCGCCGGAGAUAUUCCGCCUAAUUCUUCACAGCAAUUGUAUAAGCAGGUUCCUGACCAUUUCAAUUCAACGGAAGAAUAUCAAAAAAUUUUUGAACCCCUCUUGAUCCUUGAAUUAUGGCAAGGAUUUAUGCAAAACAAAGAGGAGGUGGGUGAAAAUGACGUUUAUACUGUAGUCCUGGAGCACAACACCUCGGUCGAUGACUUUGUUGAGGUUUCGGGUUUGUCGAACACAAAUUUGAAAACACUAUCCGAAAAUGACCUCUUGUUGGUAAAGCAAUCUGAUGAAAAUCAACCUGGUGAAAAAAGUUUGGACAUCUCGCCCAAGAAAUGUCUUUCGUUGGUGAAAUGGAUUUCGUCCAACAAAUUGAAUAUGCAAUGUUAUUUUGACAAUGAUCAUAAUAACUUUAGGAGCGAAUUAAGACCGGGAAGUAAGUGGGUUGUAGAAAAGAUUUUCAGUUUAACACCCGCGGCGCGAGAAUACGCCGCUUUAAAGGCGAUGCCGUACUUUAAAUUCUGCAAAUUAUUGUUGCAGCCCGAAGUUUACGCGUUUCCGCCCGUCCCCUCCGCUGAAGUUCAAAAGUAUAUGAAUCUAUACAAGAUAAAUGAAUCACAAGCGGAAGCAAUCAGUAAAGUUCUUCAGAAAAAAAGUGGAUACAUGUUGAUUCAAGGACCUCCCGGUACUGGAAAAACAAGCACCAUUGUUAGCAUAAUAAGCGCGUUAAAGGCAAAUUCAACCACUUACAAACACCGCAUUUUGGCUUGCGCUCCCUCAAAUGCGGCCGUGGAUGAAAUGGAGAGACGGUUGAGUCAAGGAAUCUUUGAUUCGGAGGGAAAUUUGUUUAAUGUGAAGGUUGUUCGAUUUGGAAAGAACGAUGCCAACUUAGAUGAAGGGGCGGAUAAUACCAAAGAAGCAAGCAGAAAUCGGUUAAUCGAAUUACAAAAAUCUUUGAGCGAAAAAAAUCGGUCACUUCAAGAUCCGAAAAUUUCUGGGUGGGAUGUGUCAAUUCUGGAAGCUGACAUUGCUCAAAUUAACAAGAAUAUCGCUGAGAUUCGUAAGUCGAUGCAAAAUCCAGAAUCAACUUCAUCUGAUCAGUCCGAGAAGAGAGAUAAGAAUAUUCGAACCAACAAAGACAAGGACCUAGCCGAUGCUGACAUUAUCUGUGCAACGUUGGCUGGUAGUGGACACGAUAGGUUGUCAGCUUUUGCGCAAGAAUUCGAAACUAUCAUCAUUGAUGAAGCAGCACAGGCGAUUGAAUUAAGUUCGAUAAUUCCAUUGAAAUUUAAUGCCAACCGAUGUAUACUUGUCGGGGAUCCUAAUCAAUUGCCACCGACCGUUCUUUCACGUGUUGCGACGCGUUACUUUUAUGAGCAAAGCCUGUUUAACCGACUGCAAAAGUGCGCUCCAAAAUCAAUUCACAUGCUAAAGACGCAGUACAGGAUGCACCCUGAGAUCAGUCGCUUUCCUAGCCUUCUUUUCUAUAAUUCCGAAUUAAAAAAUGCAGAGGGACUAGAAUCCUUGAGAAAGCAACCGUGGCAUAUAAAACCGAUUUUUUCUCCUUAUAAAUUCUUUGAUGUCAAGGGCGUGAUGUCAUAUGAAAAAAAUUCUCUUUUAAAUUUCGAAGAAGCAAAAAUCGCAGUCAAAUUAGUGGAUAGAUUGGUAAAGGAUUUCCCUGACGUCAAUUUCAAAGGACGCAUUGGUGUGAUAACACCUUAUAAGAGCCAGCUUUCGGAAAUCAGGAGACAAUUUAGAAACAAGCUUAGUCGUAAUCUGUACACGAACAUAGAAUUUAAUACGGUGUGUUCUGGUCCAGAGUUUGAACGUGAUAUUUCAUCUAGGCCCGGAAAAAGACAGACAAGUGCUGAAAAGGAUUACGGUCCUCCGGCUUCAUCGAUAUCAGCAUUAUCAUCAAACUUAAGAGUGAACAAAAGGCCACGCGAUGAAACCCGGCACUAUUCUAAUGAAAAUCGAAAUCUUAAUCCUUCCACUGACAGGCGUGACUUUCGUCGGGAUUAUGGUACUCGAAAUCGUGAGUACGACCGGGGAAAUGCGUUUAUCCCCCAAAGGGGAGGUCACUACGGAAGGGGAAGACCACAGGGAAUUUACGAGCGUAUCCGCAAAAUUGGUACGGAAAGAGGCGACGCAUACUAUAACAAGCGUCCCAGAAAUGUAUAA